AUGGUCAAAUCUUCCUGUAUUCUCGAUGAUCUCCACGAAUUGCUGUCCGUCAGAUUUGACGAAAUCCAGGAUUCACUAGCCAACCAUCGCAAGAACUGUGUUGGACUGUAUAAACUGCAUGUCCAGGCAGGGAAAUCUACAGCACCAAAGCUCGACGGGGAGGUUGCAUUUGAAGAUAUUUUUAUUGGCAUGCUGAGUCGGGUGCUAGCGGUAAAGAAGGGCCCUGCAGCAGAUCGCGUCGUUCGUUUUGUUGGGACCUACGUGAAGCAUAUACACGCCAAAGUUCUAGAAGAUGUUGAGAAGAAAGGGAAGACUGUCAAUGAUGAUACGUUGGCGGCUCGGUUCACUACACACAUUCUCCGAUGGCUUUUGGAGGGAUUCUUGGCCAAGAAUAAAGUUGUACGAGGCAGAACAGUUCAAAUAGUAUCAGAGAUGAUUGCUCACAUUGGCGACGUUGAUGAAGAUACUUAUGAUAUUCUCCGCGAUGGACUGAUUGAGCGUAUUUGUGAUAAGGAGCCGCCGAUUCGCUCACAUGCUGUGGCUGCGUUGUCCAAGUUGGCUGGGACAGAAGAUCCAGACGAGCUACGAGCCGAUGAGAGGACGAUACUGGAACUACUGUUGGAUGCAGUCACUUAUGAUCCCUCUGCUGAAGUCAGGCGAGCGGCCUUGGUGAACCUCCCAAUUGCACCACAAUGCAUGAAGACAAUCUUGACCCGUACGCGUGAUACCGAUCCAGUUACACGCAAGCUGGUUUAUUCCACUGCAUUGCCAAAACUGGGAGAUCCGCGCAAGCUUACUAUCGCGCAACGCGAAGAUGUCGUUAGAACUGGCCUUGGAGAUCGCGAGCCUGCGGUAAGAGUCGCAGUCAGUAAGAUGCUGGCAAACUGGUUCGACCUUACGAAGAAUCAAGAUAUGUCUAUCGACGACACUUGGGAGGGCGAUGACAGUGGUGUCAUGAAGGGUUUUAUUCAAUUUAUCUGCUUGUUUGACGUUGUGGGCCCUGGCGUUACCAUCGCUGUCGAUGCGGUCUUGUCGCAAUUCAACUUGAGGCCAGCUCUUUUGGAUGCGUUCAUCUUCACAGAUCAAUUCUGGAAGACUUUGACGCCAGAAUCCGCUGUGUUGGCUCGCGUUUUCGUGGAACAUUGUCAUUCGACUGAGAACCAGCAGCGUGUGGAAGAGGCUUCUUUGCCGGUCGUGACAGCCUUCGCUUUUUACCUCCAGGGGGUUUACAACGACCUUAUAAAGCUAUUGAACGAAGCAGCACUCCUCGGAGGUGAUGGUAACGAUGAAGAGAGUGAGCAGCGCGAAGAAGACAUCGCGAAACGGGAGGCCAUUCUUAAUGAACUCCUUCAAAUGGCUCUGAAAUUGGACUACAUGGAUGAACUAGGGAGGAGAAAGGUCUUCUCUGUUGUUAAGAAUAUGUUGGCACACCCAGAGCUCCCUCCCGGCUUGAUUGAACCUUGUCUUGAUGUACUCAAGGAAAUAUCUCCCUCAGAACGCGAACUCAUACGAGUUGUUGUCGAGAUUGUGGUGGAUUUGCGCGACGACGAUGACAAUGAAAUUGCCGAAGGCGAUAUUAGUCGAAGCGAUACGAUGCAAACCACCAUACGUAAGGAGGGCUCAAUUCGACGGAUGCGUGACCUUGAGUCGAUGUCACCGGAGGAAAAGCGGGAGGCUGACCUGAUGGAUAUGAGGUGUUUAACACUCUGUAUUGGGAUGCUGGAACGCAUUAACGGGACCUUUGAGGAUAACUCUACGCUAGAAGGGAUGUUGGCUGAUCUUAUUAUUCCUGCAGUCAAGAGGAAAGAAUUGCCAAUGAGAGAGAAAGGCCUUGUUAGUCUCGGACUGUGUUGUCUCAUUGCUAAGCUGUUUCUCAGUCAGAUACAAAACGCUCCCGAAGAGCUUAGACUGAAAGUACUGCAGGUUGUGUUUGACCUGCUUGUAAUGUACGAAUAUGAGUUUUUAAGCCGCUCAGAGGAAGUGGCCGAGCAGAUUAUCACAUUCCUUGUCCAAACACUUGAAGUGGAGGAAUCUAAUAGCGUUCAGGCAGUUUUAUGCGCCGGUCUAUGCAAGUUGCUUCUAGCCGGCUUGGUUAGAGACCCUAAGGUCCACCAGGUUCUCACGACUCUUGUACUAACUUAUAUAUCCCCCUCGACAUCCGACAACUCUAAAUUGAGACAAUGCCUCUCGUACUUUUUUCCUGUCUAUUGUUAUUCGUCAUUAGGAAACCAGGCUAGGCUGCAAUCAAUUUUCAUAAAUGCGUUCAACCUCGCUUCCCACCUUCACGAUGAACUGGAAGAGGAACAGGAAAUGAUCUCGCUGCAGCAAUUUGCCUUAUUGCUCAUGGAUUGGACCAACCCAGAGAAAUCGGUUGACGUGAUGCCUGAACACACACCUAACAAGAAUUUUCAUGCGUACUUGGCGGUUGAUAUACUACUGGCAUUGUAUGAUGAAGACAAGAAUGAUAAUGAAAGGAAGGUCCUUUGUCAGCUGCUCAGUCAGUUAAAUAUAAUACCGGAAUUGGAUCAUCGGACAAUUCUCAAAUUGAACGUGCUCCUGGAACAUCUCAACAACCAAUGCCCUCUGAACAAGGUUUCUCUAGACAAGAUUGUGGAACGUUUCAGAACUCGUGUCUCCAAACUUUUUUCCAAAGAUCUGGAACAGAUCAAUGCGCAAGAAUACAUGGACGACGACUUCCAUGAUUUAUAUCAAUACAUUGGAGUCGCAGUACCUACGGCGGGAAACACGAUGCCUGCGCGGUUUGAGCGGGCUUCUAAGCGUAAUCAGAAUAGGACACCCUCGCCUGUCCCUCAGAGACGGAGCACUAGGCAGACACCUAAAGUCAAGACCUAUGUUGAAGAAGAGGAAGACGAAGAGGAAGACGAGGCCAUAGAUGAACACGAAGAUGAAGAAGCUGAGGUGGAACAGGCGCUCGUUGCUGACGAUUCGCAGCCCUCCGUAUCGGAUGAGGAUAGUGAGGUAGCUGAUUCAGGAAGCGAGGAUUAA